UGAUAGCAUUGAUAUAAGCAUUCAGUUGAAGUUAUGUUUAUAAUGUUAUAUGUAUAUUUAUAAAUUCGUCGUUUAGUUUUCUGCGCCAAUAAAAGGCUCGACGGUCCAUGGCAGGUCACUUUGGGGGUCUUGUAGUUGAGUGUUUUUCUAUGUGCAGUGUUAAUAUGCGGACUGGGUGUAAUGAGGCCUCCGUUCCACAUUGUGUCGCUGCGUAUUUAAUAAUGGAAUAAAGGAGGACAACUUCCUUGAACAAAAAAAAAACCUGAACAGCACUCGGUAGUGAAGAAGCGUUGUACCGGCAACGCUAUUGGGACCUGGAUUCUUGUGUUUUGCUUUCUUUGACUACGGAUUAAUUGACAUUUUAUUUUAAAUCUUUUCUUUUGCAUUUCAUACGUGUGUGGACUGACGUCGAAACGAUUAUGGAAAAGCACACGUACUCGGAAGGACAGGCGCAGCGGGUAUCGCAUCCUAUGUAUCCGGAUCCUAAUAUGCUGGGCAUGGCGAGCGGCAGCUUUCCGGGGGGCCGACAAUACGUUUCGGGCAGUAAUGAGAUGCUCGGUUCUGUACCAGUCCCUGGCGGAUUCUGGCCAGGUCCAGGUAUUUAUCAACACCCACCGCCGCCGCAUCAGAUGACCGCUAACAGCCAGAGGUAUAUUCAGCCACAGUGGUCACCUUUUACACCUCACAUGGAGCAUAACAGAUCGGACUACAGGUUCAGACCGCCGUAUCAUCAAGGCUUUAACCGUGAGCCUCAGGAUUUUUCUGUUCAGGGUUUUGAUCCGACUCGUCCGCCGCCGGCGCUUCCUUUCAAACCUGAGUCUAACCAUAGGUACAGUGAGGCGGCCGGACCGGCCGAUCCACCUUGCAUUGCGGACCCGGAGUACGGGCAACAUAAUCAGAUGGGGGUCUCUCCUUUAGACAGAGCGGUGGGCGAUCAUUCGCACAGCGUUAGUGAAUCGCGUUUUAAUCACCCAGGGUUUGGGGGUCAACAACAAAUUUUUGAUUAUUCCCUGGGGACUGUAAGAUACGGCCGUGAUUCCGCGGACCAUGAACCGCCUCCUGGGCGCUGGCAGGACGGCGGACUGUUGGUGGGACUGCAGCCUUCACCUGCCGAUGCAGAAAGCACACAGAGGCGCCUGGAUGAACAGUGGCUCUUGUCUUUUUUGCUGAACAGGAAAAUAAAAAAGCCCGCCGCUUCAAAGGAACCAGAUGGUGCCCCCUCGAUAUGUCAGCUGAAGGAAAGACUUUAUGAUGCCGCCCGGCUUGUGUCCGACUUGUCGCUUUUAUGCCAGGAGUUAAAGCAAAACAUGGAGAACGAGGGCGUGUGGACUGAGUCGUACGCCAAAGCCGCGGCGAUGCGCAGCGACCUGCAGGACAAGCUGAAGGUGUUCGGCGACAGCGCUUGUAUGGACGCCUGCAAGAAAAAGGUGGAUUUGAUUCGCAAGAGGAGAGCCAGGAAUCGGCGGAAGAAACGUGAGUCUUGCGAGGAAAUAAAAGAAAAAGAGGAAAGAACUUCGGAGAAGGACGCCGCUAUAGAAAAGUGGCGGAUGAAACGUAUCCAACAAGUGGAAGAGAAGAAAAGGGAGCUUGAGCUACGGCAGGCGGCGGACAGCGUGCUGUCGGAGGUGCGGAAGAAGCAGGCGGAUGCCAAGAGGAUGACGGACGUGCUGCGCUCGCUGGAGAAACUGCGCAGGCUCAGGAAGGAGGCGGCCGCUAAGAAAGGCGUCCACCCGGAAAAGGAGGCGGACGAGGUGUUCGAAGGCCACCUGGAGCGUCUGAGGAGGCUGAUCCGCAAGCGCACGGCGGUGUACGCGGCAGAGGAAAAGGCACUCCGCGUCAUGCUGGAGGGAGAGCGAGAGGAGGAGCGGAAACGCGAGCAGGAGAGGAAGCACCGCAAGGAGCGAGAGAAGCAGCUGCAGAGGAGGCGGGAGGUGGAGUGCGUGCUCUUUGGAGAUGAAAUGCCUUCUGACCACCCGCUGCAGCUCUACAGGCAGUAUUACUUACAGGCAGAGACCUCCCUGCACGCCCUCAUACAGACGAGGAGGGCGUGGGAUCAGUACCUGGUCCCAUCAGAUCUCCCUGAUGGAAGCUUCAUCCCUCAGAGCUGGGUUCUCCCUGAGCUGCCCUCAGAUGAGGUGUGGGCCACCGCCUUGGACAAGCAGGACACCCUGGGUGACUGACACCCCGGGACACAGCCUCUACUGGUGGGGCUUACUGGUCCCUCUGGAACAAGGAGAGAUUGUUGAUCAUUUGAUCUUUUGAUCAGUUUACCUCUGGGCUUCAUGUUACUUAUGACAUGCAUGUUUUCCCCAGACAUGCCUGUUGUUUAAAAAAACAGUUUUUGUUGAAUAGAUGCUGAAGUAUUUAUUUUCAUAAAUAAACUAUUUUUUUUAAUUUGCUGAAAAUA